AAAAAAAAUAAAGAAAAAAACUUUCUUUUAAAACUCUCUGUUUGUAUCUUUCUUUUUUGCUCAUAGUGUCGACAUGGUUUGUGAAGAAGAAGCUCUAAUUCAAAAGGUUAGUGAAUUAUAUGAUGAAAUCUCAAGCCUUGAAAGCCUCAAACCUUGUAACCAUGUCGACACUCUCUUCACUAAGUUGGUGGUCACGUGCAUGUCACCCACCUCCCCUCAUUUCCAUAUCAAUUCACUUUCAAAAUCACUUCAACAAAUGAGAUCAAAUCUCAUUCGUCUUUGUGGUCAAGCUGAGUCUCUUUUAGAGUUCCAUUUUUCUGAUCUCUUAGCCAAAUUUGAUUCCCCUAUUCAUCAUCUUCAUGUCUUCCCUUACUUCUCUAAUUACCUAAAACUUAGCCUCCUUGAAUUCUCCAUCCUUCGCCGCCACUGCCCCGUCCUUCCCUCCGCCGUCGCCUUCGUUGGCUCUGGCCCUCUUCCUCUUACCUCCAUCGUUCUCGCCACCCGCCACCUCACCUCCACCGUCUUUCACAACUACGAUCUCGACUUGCUCGCUAAUUCCAAGGCAUCGAACUUGGUGUCGCUCGACCCGGACCUGAAGACUAGGAUGGUAUUUCACACGUGCGACAUCAUGAAAGUGACAGAGGAGCUGAAACAGUACGAGGUUGUGUUUUUGGCAGCUCUAGUAGGAAUGGAGAAGGAGGAGAAAUUAAGGGUGAUUAAGCAUUUGUCAGAGUUCAUGUCAGAAGGAGCUUAUUUGAUGGUGAGAAGUGCACAUGGAGGAAGAGCUUUUCUAUAUCCUGUGGUUGAAGAUUGUGAUUUGGUAGGGUUUGAGGUUUUAUCUGUGUUUCAUCCCACUGAUGAAGUUAUAAACUCAGUAAUAAUUGCACAAAAAAAGAUGAUUUUCGAUGACAACAAUGAUAACGAUGACAAUCGAGAUUAUUUAUCUGUAAAUUCAGAUAAAUUAGAGGAAGAUGAAAAUGAGAAGGUGAUGAUUAGUGGUUUUGAUCGUAAGAAUAACGGUGUUAUGCAUAACGAUAAAGACAGCGACGACGAUGACGGUUGUUUAUCUGUUAAUUCAAGUAAACAAGAGAAAGAUGAAAAUGAGAAGGUGAUGCUUAGUGGUGGAAUUGAUCAUAAGAAUAAUAAUGGAGUUGUGCAUAAUAACAAAUGUUCUGAGAUUUAAAGCUUCAAUAAUAAUCAUGGAGGUAAGAUUGAGGAAUUUGUAAUGGAAGCAGCUGAGUAGUAAUAAUAAUUCACCACUUGAGUUAUUAUUCUUCUCUUUAAUUUUGUUUAAGUGGGGGUUUCUGAUUCUGAUUCUGAAAAUUCUGGUUUUGAGGCUUCAAAAAAUAUUAUGUGUUCCUUCUUUUUUUCAAUAUGGGAAAUAAUUUUGAUUUUAUUGAGGAACACAUUCAUGGGAAAGGAGCAUAACAAAGGUUAUAAGGUUUUAUGUUAUAUUUUUGUUUUUUUUUUUUUUUAAUUAAUGUUGUUCUAGAGUUCAUUGGGUCAUAUUCUCUUGCAAAUGGACCCUUUCAGUUUUAUGUUGGUUGAUGUGUUUUGUAAUAAUUUUUAUGUUCUCACUUUUGGAUGAGAAUCUUAUAAGAUGGUUGUUUCGUUUGGCUA